AGCUACAGCAGGUUUUGUUCGCCAGCAGCUGGCCUGAUUCGACCUCUCCAAAAAUAGACAUUUAACUCUCUGAACUCCUGUUUAAGGAUGUAAUUCGUUUUGCUCUCUCCUCAUUUUCAAGGUUCAAAGGGAAGCAGCGAGGAUUCCAAGGUCCCACCGCCCUCACAGCCAAUGAGGGGCCUGGGAGGGAGGAGCUUGGUGCAGCUCGAGCUUCCGAGGGAUUCAUCCCCAGUAGAUGCAGUGGAGCCUGAGCUCUGCUGCAGCUGUCACAGCAGAACAAAAUAAAAAGCAAAACAAAACAAAACAGUAGAAGAGAAACGCUGCAGACUAUGGAACGUUGUAGGACUUUCUGAAACAUUUGCUGGGGAUUUCUGUGGAGCAUGCUCUUUUAAAACGAAUUCCUUUUGGAGCCUAUUUGUGUAACUGGGAAAAUGACACACAUGCUAAAUGCAGCCGCUGAUCGAGUGAAAUGGACCCGAUCGAGUGCUGCUAAGAGGGCUGCCUGCCUGGUGGCUGCGGCAUAUGCUCUGAAAACCCUCUAUCCCAUCAUUGGCAAGCGUUUAAAGCAAUCUGGGCACGGAAAGAAAAAAGAAGCAGCUUAUCCUGCUGCAGAGAACAGAGAAGUACUGCAUUGCACCGAGACCAUUUGUAAAAAACCAUCGCCUGGAGUGAAUGCAGAUUUUUUCAAACAGCUACUAGAACUUCGGAAAAUUCUCUUUCCAAAACUUGUGACCACUGAAACAGGGUGGCUCUGCCUGCACUCAGUGGCUCUAAUCUCAAGAACCUUUCUGUCUAUUUAUGUAGCUGGUCUGGAUGGGAAAAUCGUGAAAAGCAUUGUGGAAAAGAAGCCUCGGACUUUCAUCAUCAAAUUAAUCAAGUGGCUUAUGAUAGCUAUCCCUGCUACCUUCGUCAACAGUGCAAUAAGGUACCUGGAGUGCAAAUUGGCUUUGGCCUUCAGAACUCGCCUAGUAGACCAUGCCUAUGAAACCUAUUUUACAAAUCAGACUUAUUAUAAAGUGAUCAAUAUGGAUGGGAGGCUGGCAAACCCUGACCAGUCUCUUACUGAGGAUAUUAUGAUGUUCUCCCAAUCUGUGGCUCACUUGUAUUCCAAUCUGACCAAACCUAUUUUAGAUGUAAUCCUGACUUCCUACACACUCAUCCAAACAGCUACAUCCAGAGGAGCAAGCCCAAUUGGACCCACCCUGUUGGCAGGACUAGUGGUGUAUGCCACUGCUAAAGUAUUGAAAGCCUGCUCUCCCAGAUUUGGCAAAUUGGUUGCUGAAGAAGCUCAUAGAAAAGGCUAUUUGCGGUAUGUGCACUCCAGAAUUAUAGCCAAUGUGGAAGAAAUUGCCUUUUACAGAGGACAUAAGGUAGAAAUGAAGCAACUCCAGAAAAGUUACAAAGCUUUAGCAGAUCAGAUGAACCUCAUUUUAUCCAAACGUUUGUGGUACAUCAUGAUAGAGCAGUUCUUGAUGAAGUAUGUUUGGAGCAGCAGCGGACUAAUUAUGGUGGCUAUACCUAUUAUCACUGCAACUGGCUUUGCAGAUGGUGAGGAUGGCCAAAAACAAGCUAUGGUUAGUGAACGGACAGAAGCCUUUACCACUGCUCGAAAUUUAUUGGCCUCUGGAGCUGAUGCUAUCGAAAGGAUUAUGUCUUCAUACAAAGAGAUCACUGAAUUAGCAGGCUAUACUGCUCGAGUGUACAAUAUGUUUUGGGUCUUUGAUGAAGUAAAAAGAGGCAUUUAUAAGAGAACCGCUGUCAUUCAAGAGACGGAAAACCAUAGCAAGAAUGGAGCUAAUAUAGAAUUGCCUCUUACUGAUACAUUGGCAAUCAAAGGAAAAGUUAUUGAUGUGGAUCAUGGAAUUAUUUGUGAAAAUGUUCCCAUAAUUACACCAGCGGGAGAAGUGGUGGCUUCCAAGCUAAAGUUCAAAGUUCAAGAAGGAAUGCAUCUUUUGAUAACUGGUCCCAAUGGUUGUGGGAAAAGUUCUCUCUUCCGAAUUUUAAGUGGGCUCUGGCCUGUGUAUGAAGGAGUCCUCUAUAAACCACCUCCUCAACAUAUGUUCUAUAUUCCACAAAGGCCAUAUAUGUCUCUUGGAAGUCUUCGAGAUCAAGUCAUUUAUCCUGAUUCAGUGGAUGAUAUGCAUGAUAAAGGUUAUACAGAUGAAGAUCUGGAAUGUAUUCUAAACAAUGUCCACCUCUACCACAUAGUUCAACGAGAAGGAGGAUGGGAUGCUGUUAUGGACUGGAAAGAUGUCCUGUCAGGCGGGGAAAAGCAACGGAUGGGCAUGGCUCGCAUGUUCUACCAUAAACCAAAAUAUGCAUUGCUGGAUGAAUGUACCAGUGCUGUCAGCAUUGAUGUUGAAGGAAAGAUAUUUCAGGCUGCAAAAGGGGCUGGGAUUUCCUUACUGUCUAUAACCCACAGGCCUUCUCUUUGGAAAUACCACACUCAUUUAUUACAGUUUGAUGGUGAAGGAGGUUGGCGCUUUGAACAAUUGGAUACUGCUAUCCGUUUGACAUUGAGUGAAGAAAAACAAAAGCUAGAAUCUCAGCUAGCUGGAAUUCCCAAAAUGCAGCAGAGACUCAAUGAACUAUGUAAAAUUUUGGGAGAAGACUCAGUGCUGAAAACAAUCAAAAAUGAAGAUGAAACAUCCUAAUUUGUUUUGAUAUGUUUUAAAACUUAAUUUUUAGGUAAAGGCUCAGAGACACUCUGUUAUACUGUAUGCAGUAUAUUAAGCUAAGCACAGAGGGGGAAAAAGGCAGCAAAAAUGUUUUAUGAGAUUUCAGCAUCAAGGAAGUAUAUGAUCUGACUUUUCAGAGGAAAAUAAACAGGUGCAUUAUAUAAGAUUAGUCAUUUUGGCUUAUACUAAUUCCUAGUGAAGGCCCAAUUCACCUGUAAAACAGGAUUUUCUAGGUGAAUUCAUGAUGAAUACCAGAUUUACUAUGUAUAUGGAUGUGUCUGAAGUCCUUAACAAACAUGGGUGAUAUCUUGGAAAUGAAACAACUUAAGAGCGGCAUGUGGGUUGAUACCAGGUGCAUAAAAUUAGAACUUUGAGUAACAUUUAGUCCAUUUACAGUUGAUAUUAGGUUUAAUAGCUAGAAUUCAUGUUGAUCAUUAUUAGCGGCCAACUAAACCUGUAUACAAAAUAGCUGACAGUUUGAUGAAUAAUUUCAAUAUUAAAAAAUUCUUUUAAUGACAGUGGUUGAAAUAAAAAAGCAUGGCUAUACAUGUAUAAAAUGCCAUAUUUUUUAAAUUUUAGACAUUAAGCAUCUUAAUGAGGGCACAUAGCAAAUUAAUUUUAAUAAGAAUCUUACAUAUUUGUUAAUAAACCCUUUCAUUUUCAAAAGAAAAUUGCCAACACAGAAAAGGAGUAUCCAAAUGUUGUUUGUCUCAGCCUGUUACUUUACUUGGCAGCAUUAUCUAUCAUAACUUCUGUUCAGAAAUGCUCAGCUUGUUUCUGUGCCCAAAGGAGGAGUCCACAUUUUUAAAAUUGCAGUGAUACAAUAGAAUAUAGGGAUUCUGAAAAUCACAGUAGUAAUAACAUACAUUGGAAUCGCACUUUAUAUAAUCAUUUACAAUCCCCAUUGACAUCAUUUCAUUUUAAUGCGUGCAGCAAUGUUUUGAGACAGAUAUUAUUUUUCCUACUUUGCUUUUGAGAAAAUUGACACUCAGACUUGCUCUAAUCAUGCAAUUUAUUUAGGGACAGAUUCAGGGAUCAAAUGACGUUCUCCUGACUCCCUGGUUCAGUGCUGUUUCCACUAUUAUUUUUUAAAUCUAACUGGGUUAGAAUAUCAAUACAAGUUAAAUGAGAACUUGAAAAAAAAUAAAUUUGGUAAUG